AUGUUCUGUGCCAUUAGUGGGAAAGUACCUAGAAAGCCAGUGCUGUCACCCAGCUCAAAAACCGUUUUUGAAAAAUCGCUUCUUGAACAGUAUGUUAGAGAUACCGGGAAGGACCCGAUUACAAACGGGCCCUUAAGCCUCGAAGAGAUAAUAGAGAUUGUGCCCAGUGCCCAGCAGGCUUCGUUAAUCGAGUCUACGAACUCUGCUACCUUGAAAGCCAAUUACUCGAUUCCGAAUCUUUUGACCAGUUUGCAAAACGAAUGGGACGCUAUAAUGUUGGAAAACUUCAAAUUACGAUCAACUUUGGACAGCCUAACCAAAAAGUUGUCUACUGUGACUUAUGAAAGAGACGCAGCCAAGCUGGUUGCUGCGCAAGUAAUGAURGAAAACGACGAAAUUUCUCGUGGCUUAUCGAAGUCUCCAAAACAACCGGUGGUUGUCACGAGGGAAGCAUUUUUACAAGGAUUGUUGCAAUCAUCUAGAGAAUUUGUAGCGAGAGGUAAAGCGAAGGCAUUCAAAUGGCCGAUCUUCCAAAAUUUUGAGUUAUUACCUACACAACGCUAUUCAUCUGCGAUUAAAACGUAUCCAUAUAAAGAGCUUGAUUCUUCCAUGAACUAUAACAAAUGGACUUCCAUGUGUCUCUGUGAUGCAAACAGUUUACACUUCACUGAACUAAAGGACUCCGAUUCAAUUACCACGGAAACCAUACCAAAUCCUCAUACGGAGCAAAAACAGCCUGUUAUUGUUUCCAAGGGUUCACAUAAUCGGUUGUUGGUGUUAUAUUCCGAUAAUCACAUAACCAUAUUAGACUUAACAACGAAAACAGUAGCAAAAGAAAUCGAUGUAAACUCAGCGAACCAGAUUGUGUAUGUGUACGGCCACAAUGAGAUCAACACGGAAUAUUUCAUCUGGGCGGAUAGCAAAGGGACAAUAGGAUUUCAAUCUUACACGGACGACUCCCAUUAUAUAAUCAAUACUGGCAGGUCGAAUGUUGAGUACAGCAAUGGGGCACUACACAAGGACUCGCUGUUACUAGCGCUUUACUCGCUGGAUGGAAUAGUGGACGUGUACAGUUUAUCAUCGCCUGAUCAAGCAAGCUCCAGAUUCCCUACGGGAGAAGACAUUAAGAUCAAAGAGAUCAAGUUUUCAGACAAUGGAUACUGGAUGGUGGUAAAGGGCAGUCAAACAGUGGCCUGCUUUGACCUGAGGAAAGACGUGGGAACUCUGGCGUAUCCAACUUACACUCUUCCAGAGACCGAAGCAGGGGCCGUUGUGUAUGACGUCGAUGAGUUUGGCAAGAAUACGAUUGUAUACUCAAACGAGGACAGGUCCUUGUCCGUAUACAAAUUCAACAAGAAGACGAAAGGUUGGAUGAGAGACGAGGCCACUACGCUACAUUUGCAGAGUGACGUCGGAGACAUCACGGAUAUAGAGGUUGUGUGCGGCGACGGCAGCGUUGCGGUUGUUUUAAAGAGAAAAGACACUUUCAGUAUCGUCGCAUUGUCAUCGUGA